GGAUAGUGGGAAAAUAUACCGACAUUUCCUUUGCUUUAUCUGCGUUUGACUGUUUUUAACGAGAAACGACUGUUUGAUUGUUAAGAAAGAACAAAGGCCGAGAAGUUUUUGAAUUUAUAAGCAUAUGUGAUAUGGGACUCCUGAAAACGAUCAACCAACACCUCUUAAUCGAGCCUGAUAUAGCAACAUGAGCCCUUGUUUUUUUUUUUGGAAAGAACAAAAAGGAAAGGAAAAAUCUUGGGAAAUGGGGUAUUAUUCUGUGAGAGUUCAUCUGCAUUUCCAUAAGAGUCUUUGAUUCUCAUCUGAAAAACCAGUCAGGAGGAGGGAUGGCUCUAGAGAGCUUUGUAGAUUCCAACUUCCAAUUGGCAGCACACUCUCUGGCACUGACUUGGCCAACUGGAGGCUUUUUGGGGUCCUCGAGUUCUGAUAACUUGCUACAAAAGGAUGAGCACUACCAGGCUGUGGUACCGUCCCUCUUGAAUUCAUCUUCUGGAAACCUGCCAAAUGGGACAUCUGUGAAUGCACAUAUGAAUGUAGGUAGGGCAUUGGGUGAAAUCGAUCCAAGUAUCUUAAAUCAUACGGGAAAGGAACUGAGUGUCAGGCCAAGUUCCUUGGACACAGAUUCCAAAUCAGCACUUUCAAAGGGUCCUUUGCACAGAAGUGCCAGUGCUAACAUGGAUUCUUACCCUGUUUUACGCACAUCACCUGCACUAUUCUCUUCUCAUAACUCAUGUUCAAGCUCUUCAGUUGUAAGUGGUUCCUCCAUAACCCAGCAUACUUCCCGUUUAAAUCCAAAAGGCCUUCAAGUGCAUAAAAGGAAACAUCAGCAAGGGGAAUUUGCUGCAGCAUCUCAAGAGGCUACGGAAGUGCAUAAAAAUUCAUUCAUAAAUUGCAUAAAACAGGAGCCAUGCACUUCAACUCAGAUGCAUAAGAAAUCAAGAUUAGGCAUCCAGCAAGAGGCAAUCAUGCAGCAGCAUAUUAUUCAACAGCUACUGCAGAAUCCAGAUUCUGCACAAUUGCAAGAAUAUUUACCCCAACUGCAAGAAUUGUUUCAGCAUCAUCAGUUACGAAAACAGAAGCAGCAAAAUAGUUUGCACCCUAUUCCACAAUAUCAGGGAGUUGGCAUACAACAGCAACUACAGCAACACAUAAGUCAACACCUGCAACAGCAGGUCCUGCCUCAAGUACCUGCCAUGCGCUCCUUUAAUGAAGGCAUCUGUUCACGCCGGCUUAUGCAGCUAAUAUAUCAUCUGCGGCAACGACCAGCUGACAACGGUAUUGCUUAUUGGAGGAAAUUUAUCAGAGAGUAUUAUGCUCCUUGUGCUAGGAGAAGAUGGUGUUUGUCUUCAUAUGACAAAGUUGGACGCCAUGCCUUUGGUAUGAUUCCCCUAGCUGCUACGGAUGCAUGGCAAUGUGAGAUUUGUGGUUGUAAAUCGGGAAAGGGGUUUGAGGCAAUUUUUGAAGUACUUCCUAGGCUUUACAAAAUCACCUUUGAUAAUGUGAUGGAUGAACUAUUGUUCCUUGAUUUGCCACAUGAGCGUAGGUUCCCUUCAGGAUUAAUGAUGUUGGAAUAUGGAAAAGCAGUUCAGGAGAGUGUCUAUGAGCAACUUCGUGUUGUUCGUGAGGGUCAUCUGCGAAUUAUUUACACACAUGACUUGAAGAUACUGUCCUGGGAAUUUUGUUCCGGGCCUCAUGAAGAACUUUUGCCUCGAACUUUGCUUGCACCUAAGGUUGAUAAGAUGGUUCAUGCUGCACUGAAAUAUGAAAGCACCAAUAGCAGUAGUGAAUCUGUUGUGGUGUCUCCAGAAGAUUUACAAGCAAAUUCUGACGCGUUCCAGGCAGCUGGGUGUCAAGUUGCGAGAACUUUGGACUUGCAAUUGGUUGAUGACUUGGGAUUUUCCAGAAGAUACUCCCGGUGCAUGCAGAUUGCAGAGGUUGUCAGCUGCAUGAAAGAUUUAAUGACUUUCUCCUUCAAUAAUAACACAGGACCAAUGGAGAGCUUGAAGAACUAUUCCCAAGAAACCACCACAAGUAAGAUCGGGAAAGAGGAAUUACAUGAGAAGGAAGUUGUAGGGAGUGCUCAAUGUCUGCCUACUGACGACAAUAAGUUGAUGGCUGGGUCCAGUGGUCAUUGCAAUAAUGUGAAUGGUUGUGUAGUUAUGACAAAUGGAGGACUUUUGACUAGCUCAGAAGAGGCAGCAUUGAUGCCGCCAGGUUCUUACCACAAAUUGCUGAGGCAGAACAACUCAACUUCUGAACAGGGCAGAGUGAAGCGACAGGGUGCUUCACUGCGAGUGUCCAACCAGGAUGUCUCUUUUGAAUCUAAUAAAGGUUCUAAAGCUUCAAGCCCAGGACUAAUCCAGCACUCACCAAUGGAUGGCUUGUCAAGUUCCCAUUCCAUCGAAGGCAGCCAGAAUAUACGGGACAAGGCUAUCCAGAAGAUACUGCAGGAGAUGGUCAACAACAGCAGAAAACUGAACGUGAAUGCUGGAGACACUGUUAUCCGUGAAGAGGGGAAGAGUCAUGUUGUUGACGUGCCUGCAAGAGGCAAGGGGAUGAAUGUUCAUAAUGGGUUAGGUUCUAGGUACAGCACAACAGCCCUGGAUAUCCCAGGAAAUGUAUUGAGGAGUGCUGCAGGGAGGAUCAGCAGCUCAGGUGCUGUCUUCAAUAGAGAGGUCUUUGAGUUCUGUGGUAACAACAGCUCCAUGAAGAAGAAAGAAACAGAUGUUCCAGAGAAGCUUCAACUUCCCGAAGCGCUCAUUAAAAUGAUCAACGGUUAUCAUGAAAAUGGAAAGUUGAGUGGCAACAGUGAAGAUAUGUGCAAUGCAUGGAGGAACUAACCAUAUCGUGAUACUAGUUUUAGGGAAGUGGUUAGGAGAGUUUGUACAGUUUUGUUGGGUAGUGUAAAC